AUGACAGGCAAUCUCAAAGGAGCUCUCAAAGAGGAAUGGAACACUGAAGAUUUAACAAUCCUAACCUCUAAACUCAAGGGACAUGAAUCACUCAUUAGGCUCAAGCGCAGGUGGUUGAUGGAUUUGCCAUUGUCAGUAAAUGAAAAGAAGAAGGUAGAGGAGAUGCUACCUCCUGAAGAUAAGGUACUGCCGGAAUCAUUAAUUAGGGAAGAUGAUGUAAGCUAUGAGGACAUCAGAACUGCCAUCGAGAUGGGAUUUGGAGUUCAUAGCUAUAGGAAGGAACGACAGUGUACACAAGAGGAUGUACAAGUACUUAAUGCAUGCGAAUGUCUUCAACAAAUAUGCUUCCUGCUUGAUGAUAUGUCUACUAGAGGCUUAUGCUCUAUAAUUGAGGUACUCACCGGGGGAAUGAUAAAUUUUGAGAAAACAAAUUUGAGCAUGAAGAGGACAAUAAAAGAGUUGCUUCCAAAGCUCACUGCCAACCGAAACAAUAUUUCCAAAAUAAAACUGAAGCAAAUUUCUAAACUUUUGAAAGACCCAGAAAAUUUCAAGGGGGGUCAGUUGUUGUGCUUGACCGCAUCCGAAGCCUAUCGUGCUGCUGCAAUUGUUGUCAUAGACAGGCUCAUGGACUUACCCGCGAGAGCUUUACUUGCCAUGCGUAGGAAGCUGGAUGGUGCCAAGACUUGCGUUCCCUCUCUUCGUCCUGAGAGAUAUGACAGUCGUCAGAAGUUAUGCAAAAGACUGAAGAAGCGCAUGGAUUUACUGUUAGACUUCCGUGAUGGGGAUGAGCCUGCAGAAGAAUUGGCCAGGGCACUAGGAGUUGCGGGUUUGACGCUAAAGCUAAUUAUGAAGUGCUCAGAUGUGCGGGACUUUCGGAAAUUCUCACCAGAAAUUGAGGCGUUGCAAAAUGAUAUAGCGAAAGCUAUUCAUCUGACAGAUAUCUCCAUCUCCGACAGAAUGAGCUUGAUAGAGCUGGAAAAGGUGCAAGUUUUGUUGGACCCUAAUUUAGAGUUGUCUGUCAAUAGGCUACGUGAAUGUGAUGUACGGGAUCUCUUGACCGAGUACCUGUUUGAGUGCAGUGACAUGGACAGGAUCCCUGAUUCUUUAGUAAAAACGGUUAACUUGAUUAAUACAAGAUCGCAAAUUCCAUCCCUCAAGAAACGACUGUCAUCCAAGAGCCGCCUUUUGUCCCCUCAAGAAUUAAUGAGGGAUGCAAUACAGAAAGAAGUGGAACACGUACUAACAGUGAGUGCUCUAGGAAAAGAAGUGGUGUUGAACUUUAUUCCUGAACAUGAAUUUGAUGCAGACUUUUCUCGUGCGUACUUGGAGGAUUUUGGAGGAAAUAAUAAUUUUCUAUGUAUUUCUGAUGAUGAGGGAGUUGGGUGUUAUGAACUUCAUUCUAGCAACUCUUACGAUGGCAAGUCUGAAAGUAUUGGUGAGACAAGUCUGGUAAAGAGAACAAGCAAAAGGGAUGAUGGCUCUUCACAAACCGACGGUGUUUCUGAUUGUUGGCUGUCCUGUAAGGAGUCAAAAGUAGCGGACUCGAGCGACAAUGCCAAUGGUUUUAAAAGUGAAGAGGCUACAAGCUGUUGUUAUUCUACCAACCCGAAUUGUGUGUCUUCUGAAUUCCUGUUGGAGACGGAUAUUGUGAGCGGGUCCUGUAAUAAGUACCUUCACGUCCAGGAAGCUUGUGAUGCCUCCAGUAUGGUCGCCUAUCGUUAUGUGGGUUGCUUGCUGGAAAAGCUUGCGAAUAUUGAAAAGUUGGAAUUAUGCAAAGUUGAUAGGUUGUAUUUAAGAGGGUGA